CGUACUUUCUCAAUGUCUCAGCUCUCUGGCACGUUGCGCGAAGCCGCAGACAACAACGCAGAGCUCUUGUCAGAGCUGUCUGUAACAGACUAUGCCCCUUCAUCGCUGGGACAGAACGUCUCGUACAUCGCGGACCUCAAGGCUCAGAUUGCCAGUACUGACGAGGAGCUCGCACGACUUCACAAAAUCACCGAAGACGAGAAGAAGGAUCACAUCAGGUACCGAGAUUCCAACGUGAAGCGCUGGGCGCACAAGCUCGGCGGAUCGAAGGGCAAGGCGAAGUUCGAAUCGAGGUCCGAAAAGGAGGAACGAGAGUUCCUGGACGCCUGGCAAGCAGAGCGGUCGGCCAAAGAAUCCCGCGACGAACUCGCCGCUGCACUCGCCGGAGCGGAGAAAGAUCAUAGCCACCUUGACUCCGAGGCAAAGCGACACGACAAGGCGCAGGCUGCUUUGGACGCUCUGUAUCAAUCGAUCUUCGAUGGACCGACACCCGACGUUCCUGGCGAGGAUCAGAUGGAGUCGAACCUGCAGCAGGCGAAGCAGCACUUCGACCAGUCCCAGGCUCAGACCGGCACGGAGAAUAUGGCCCUGCAAGCGCUUCAGCGUGCUGAUCAGACUUUGUUCAAAGCGGCCAAGUAUAUGGAAGACGCUCUGGACAUGAGUCGAGCUGAUAUGUUUGGAGGCGGCACCUUCGUCGACAUGAUGGAGAGAGACGCCUUGGCUAACGUGCGUGAGCUCCGCUCAGCGUGCCCAAUCCCUGACAUGGAUCAGCAUGAUCGAAUCAAGAACUCAAACGCUCAAUUGCACAACGCUAUCGGCCAUCUGAAGAGCCAACUCGACCAACAAGCUAGCCGGCAGAAGUCGGCCGAUGCUGGAGUGAGGAAUGCUGCUGCAAACUUGGAGGGAACAAGGAAAGAGCUGCAGCGUAUUCGUGCUCAGGCGUUCGAGAUGGUGAACGGUGCUCAAGGUGCAUCAUGA